CUAGGCGCCGGAGUCCGGAGCGGCGGCCUCCUGACCUCUCACGUGAACCGCGUCCGCACUUGCGCGGCGGAUCCCGGCGGCUGAGAGCGGCGGAGCGGAGCGGGGAUGUCGAAGCACGAAUUCUUCGUGGAUAUGACAUGUGAAGGCUGCUCUAAUGCAGUGACUCGAGUGCUGAAUAAACUAGGAGAUGUACAGUUUGAUAUUGAUCUCCCCAACAAGAAAGUUUUUAUUGACUCUAACUACAGUGUGGAGACUUUGAAAGAACAUCUGAAAAAGACGGGGAAGGAUGUACAAUAUAUUGGAAAAAAGUAGAGCACAUAUGGUGGUCAAGGUAACUGAAAAGAAAUACCAGCCAUACAGGUGAAAUGGAAGAAUUCUUCUGGCAGCAGAUUCAAUAGAACCAAAUUACAGGGCAACAGCAGCUGGAUUCUUUGUGAACGUAAUUAAAAGCUUUAACUCCAAUAAUUAUUAAUUGAAUGGAAAGCAAAGUGCUGUUUGGGCUGUUACAUUGCUGAAAAUGCCUUCAUUUAUAAUUUGUUUGAAUAGAUCUAUAAUUUUUCUUUUGCAUUCCCACAAUAAAUAAUUGUCUUAGUAAUUGAUAAAGUAUCUGCUGUGACUUUGCCUCUUGCCUUUGUCUUAAUCACUACAUUAAUUAUUAAAAUUGCUGAAGAUUUCAGUGA